AACAAACAUUCUAUUUGGUCAUAAACCAACAAAACAACAUUAUAUCCUAACUUUUAUAUCUACAAAAAUACUCGGUCACGAAAUGAAAGAAAUAGUAGGAAUUAAUCCUCUACAUCUAAAAUCUCUGAAUCAUGUAUCUCUUCUUUGCAACUCAGUUGAAGAAUCAAUUAAUUUCUACACAAACAUUCUUGGGUUUGUUCAAGUUAAGAGACCUGGGUAUCUUGAUUUUGAUGGUGCAUGGCUUUUUAGCUAUGGAAUUGGAAUACAUCUGCUUCAAUCAGAGAAACCUGAGAAAAUAGUGAAGAAAACAGAAAUUAAUCCUAAAGAUAACCAUAUUUCCUUCCAGUGCGAGAACAUGGGAGUUGUGGAGAAACGGCUAAAAGAAAUGGGGAUAGAUUACAAGAGACAAAGGGUGGAAGAAGGUGAAAUUUACGUGGAUCAGUUAUUUUUUCACGAUCCAGAUGGGUUUAUGAUCGAGAUUUGCAAUUGCGAUAGUCUUCCAAUGAUACCCAUAGCAGGAGAUAUGGUCCGCUCCAGCUGCUCCCGGAUUCAUGUUCAUGCUACAGAAGCUGCUGUAACAACAAAUACAUCAAAAGUUUGUUCAACUGUGAAAAGCUGACAGAGUUUGGAAUUGGUAAUUGUGUGUUUGAAAUUAAAUUGUAUUCAUGUUAUAUUGAAUUUAAUUUAGUGUUAAAGUUUAUUAUAACUUUAUAACAGCCAGGAUUUGAUAAAAAAAAAAUAAUAAUAAUUUUU